AUGGCCUCAUUAAACAGUGGCAAUAAUGUUAUCCAUUACGACAACAUUCUAUCAGGCCUAGAAGCGGCAUCCCCGCAGGAAUUCUUCAUAACAGAAGAGUAUUUGUCUAACUUCACAAAGGCGACAACCUUCAUCUUUGAACUCACCAUCAUGAUGCUCACACGCGAUCUCAAGCGGGACACAGAGUUGCAGCCAGAGUUUGACAGCCUGAAGAGGAGCCUCGAGAGGCUUCAGAAAUGUCAAGAAGAGUACAUUAUCCCCGCCCCGAGACCCGCCGACGACCUGGACGACAGCUCUUCCGAGGACGAGAGCUCAAACGUGCAUCCGGAGCCGACGAGGAAAUGGCGAAAUGCCAAGUGCAUGGUUUUGAGUCGUAUCUCCGUGACUCUUAUGUCAAAUUUAGCAGCAGCCACCAUGUUUUUGAUGGAUUUGCAGGAUGAAGGAUAUCACAACCCUAAAGCUGAAGAAAGUUUCUUCCCGACUCAAUAUAAUUUGUUUGAAGACCCCACGACCAAAGAGCCGUUGGAAAAGGAUUUAUUAACGCUUCAGUUGGAACGCGCGUUGAUGGCGCCGCGGAAAGUAUCUGAUGCGUGGCUGGAGUCUGAACUGCACCCCGGCAGGUACAACACGUCGUUCAGCCAAGGGUCAGAGGUUGAGAUCAAAUGUGCAAGAGCUGGGUCAAAGGCAGAAUACACGAAAUUCCUCUUGGAAAUAUCUCGAAUUAAGAGAGCGAUGCCAUGA